AUGGAGGGAAUUAUCCAUCGGAUCCAAGGCCUGAGCGGCAAACAAGAUGAUUGGCGAUCUCUUGUCCAGCAACUGGACAACAACUUGGAUUUUCUUUGUCAGAGCAGGCUUGCCAUUGACGAGAUCUAUGGACAGCUGAACCCUGAGAGCCAUGGGAUAGGAUGCGUUUACCUGCUUUACUGCAAGACGAAGGAUGCAGAAAGAAGUAGCAGCGACGAGAUGUUCAUCCAGCAAGUCCGGGAUCUGUGCGUUUCUGGCAACCCGGAGCAGCUGAAGUUUGUGAGGAGCAAGUUUUGUGAAGUUUGUAGGAUAUUCACCGAGAUUUGCCGAGAGAGUGCGUCUAGAGCGAUGUUCGGCAUCACUCCGCUGUGCGUUGGUAUCAGCAAAGUGAGGCCGAGCCCUGAGCACCUCACAUCGAUCCAUGCCGACUUGUUGCAGCUCUGCCUUGUGGCUAAGGUCUUCAAGCCUGCUCUGCCCAUUGUGAGCCAGAGAAUCUUGUAUGUCACGAAAGACUGCGUCCAGCCCAGGGACUUUCUGCUCUACUACUACUAUGGAGGGAUGCUUUACACGGCGUUGAAAGACUACAACAAGGCCCUAGACAUGUUCCAGCUCGCUUUCACGAUGCCUUGCCACGCACUCAAUGAAAUCUUGGUUGAGACGUACAAGAAGUAUGUGCUCGUCUCUCUGAUUGUCCACGGAGAGGUUCAGUCUCUUCCGAAGUAUUCCACCAACAUCGUGCAGCGGCUGAUCAAGAACUGCUGCGCGGAAUACAACGAGAUUGCAAACGCAUGCUCUGCGAACAAGCUGGAUGAGUUGCGGAAUUGUGUAGAGAAGCACAAGAACUUGCUGACGAAGAAUCAGAACCUCGGACUUGCUAUGCAGAUGAUCGACUCCAUGUGCUCGAGGAGCAUCCAGCGGCUGACAGAGACAUUCGUCACCCUGUCAUUGACGGACAUUGCGCAAGAAGUGAAACUCCCCGAUGCCGAGAGCGCGAGGAGUCAAGUUCUGCGGAUGAUCGAGCGGGAGCAGAUCGUGGCCACCAUCGACGAGGAGAAGGGCAUGGUGUCCUUUGACACCGAGCCGGACAAGGCGACGUCGCAGCAGCUGCUCCUCAGACUGAGCAAGCAGAUUGAAGUGGCCAUGGAAUUGAACGAGAAGUUGCGGCAGGCGGACGAAGACAUCAGCGCGAACGCGGCUUACCUGAGCAAGGUUUCGAUCCAGGAGCGCCAACUGCGUUGGGGGGAUUCCGAGUGGGCAGCGACGGGUGCGGAGGAAAUGCUGGACGUGGGCGAGAAGCCAGCGGGAUUCAACUUUGGAAGAUCUUAG